UGGAUCAUUCACUCAUUUACAUUUUCUCUAAGCUUGUGAACCAUAGAAUCAAAAUGUUAAAAUUUGUGCUGCUGCUCUCAGCUGCGUUUGCCUUUGCAGCAUCAUCCAGCCUUAGGGUCAACCCUGACGAACUUGAUGUCAUCUGGGACACCAUCCAGCAGGACAUCGUAGUCCGCCAAGAAGCAGCCCAGCAGGAAGUUCGCAACGUUUUGGAGCCUCUUCGCACCUUGGUAGCGACCGCCAACGAAAAACUCACCAAUGACGCCGAAAAACAUCAGGCAAAAGUCCAGGAAGAAAUCGAACGAAUCGAACAGGAAUCUCAUGGCAGUGAUAUCGCUGGUUGCGUUGAAGAAGCUAAACUAGAACUUGGACGUGUUGACGCCACAUUGCUCAUUGAGCACCGGUUGAACAUCUCCAAAAUUAAACGAAGAGCCGAAGUAGAAAUUGAGAGCGCCUUUAAAAUCAUCAGCGAGAUUACUAAUGAAAUCGAUGAAUUUGGAACUAGAAUAGACAGCUGCAGUGAUGUUAUAUGCGCCAGUGACCUCAAUGUUGAACUCGUCAUCCUGUACCAAAGAGUCGUCAAAGACUUGAAUAGGGCAGUUGAUAACGCCAACGAAGCUACCAUGAUCAUCUUGGGACGUGAGCUCGAUGAAUCCCAAUUAAGCAAAGCCCGCUACGACGCAGCAACCAGCCAAUUGUUGGAAGAUCUCAGGGCUUGUGCCGAUGAGCGUGUUUAAACAACUUCAUUCCACUAUUGCUGAAACACAUGUUAUUUACAGCUGUUAAAUAUAGCUGGGGGAAUAA